UUCCUGAUGAAGUUGGAAGCCUGAUAUUUCCAGUUGUACAGCAUACAUCCAUUAAAGGCCAGUGGACAAGACCAGCCAAUAUUAAUGGGAUUUUACAAGGUUAUGUGCUUACCCACAUGGUAAAGAACCAAACUGAAACCCAAGUGGUGUUGAAUCUUGGCCCAGAUAUUCUGGAGUAUGAAAUUGGCAAUCUGACCCCAGAGACCGUGUACACUAUUGAAGUAAUGGCCAGGAGUAGAGUGGGACCUGGUCCAGCACGGUCAGCAGAUAUCAAAUCUGGGGUGCCACCAGAGCCUCCAAAUGCACCAACCAAUGUGGGGGUUUCCAACAUACUCUCCCGAUCUGCUGUAAUCCAGUUUGAACCUGGAUAUGAUGGCAAAACCUCCAUAACUAAGUGGAUCAUAGAAGCCCAGAUAAGGUCUGCUGUGGCCUCUGUGAACCCUGAAACCCCAUGGAAGAAUGUCUUUAAUACCAGUGCACCAGAUGCCAAAUCAUUUGUUGUCCACAACUUACGACCAUACACAUAUUACAGACUAAGGAUAAUUGCUCAGAAUGUUGCUGGUAUAAGUGCCCCAAGUGAUCCAACCCGAGCAUUUCAAACCACUCAAGACAGGCCAGAGUCUGCACCUAAGAAUGUUACAGUUAGGGCUGUCAAUGAAACUGCUAUCAGAGUGAGCUGGAUGCCUCUGCCAAGCAGUGAGUGGAAUGGGGCACCAGAAGGAUAUAGGAUUGAGUACAAAGCCAAGAACGCUCAAACAUUUUCCAUGAUAGAUAUCAAUGACAUAAACAUGAAUAGUUACACCAUUGUCGGGUUGGAAGAGUACACAGAAUACCAGGGGCGUAUGCAGGCCAGGAAUGAAAUCGAUCUUGGACCCUACAGUGACCCUUUGGCCAAAGACAAAACAUGGGAGUCAGUGCCAUCUGCUGGUCCACAAAAUGUCAAUGCAACUGCAGUGAAUUCAGUCUCCAUAAGAGUUGUCUGGGGAGAUGUGCCAAUGAGGAGCCAAAAUGGACUCAUCCUGGGUUAUAAGGUCCAGUAUAGUUCACAAGAAGAAGGUCUGAGUCCAGAGAUGGUGACAGUGGAAGGGAACAUGACCAAGCAGUGUGUCCUCACUGGCCUCAGGAAGUAUGUCAUGUACAAGAUUCAAGUGCUGGCAUACACUAGAAUUGGAGAUGGUGUUCUCAGUAACCCCCCCAAGUCUACACGGACGGAUGAAGAUGUACCUGGCAAGCCUACCAUCAUCUACUUCCCCGAUGUGACCUUCUCCACGGCCAAGGUUGUCUGGGCACCACCAUUAGAACCAAAUGGAAUCAUCACUGGCUAUAGGCUGAUAUACCAAAAGAAAGAAGGAGGUCCAUCCCAGACAAACUAUACAACAGCUGGUGUCAAUGAAUUUACUGUCUAUCAGUUAGAAAGGGAAAAGACUUACAUGUUCACUUUGACAGCGAAAACAAGACUGGGCUGGGGUGACUCUGAAACUGUUGAAGUCAGGACAAUCAAAGAUAGAAAAAAACCAGAUGCCCCCUCUACAGUCCAGGUCAGUAAUUCCCAGAUCAAAGCACGUGAGGUAACCAUCAGCUGGCAGCCAGGCUUUGACUGGUAUGGACCAAUUAGAAACUUUACCAUCCAGUAUCAGAAAGAAGGCCAAACUUGGGUCACUGUUCCAGGACUCGUACCCCACACUAAUACAUCACAUACUAUAGGAGG